UCUGUGGUGAUUGUUUUGAGUUUUCGCUUUCUUAUUUUGCAAAGUUUUACUUGAAAUACAAAUUCAUGAUUUAAAUUAGUUUUCAUAAUGUCAGAGUCGUCUAAAUCCUCAAAGUCUUCAAACUUGAACCCUUCGCCUACACUCCAAUGCAAGGAUCUUCACGAGUACUUGAAAAGUCGUUCAGCUCAAUUUUUGGAAACCUUGUACAAUUAUCCUACGAUAUGCCUAGCAGUUUACCGAGAACUUCCAGAACUGGCAAGGCAUUUUGUUAUAAGGCUUCUGUUUGUGGAGCAACCUGUCCCACAAGCUGUUGUGGCAUCAUGGGUCACACAGACACAUGCUAAGGAACAGAGCAAAGCAUGUGAAGCACUGUCAGAACUGUUUGUGUGGCAGGAAGCACCCAUCCCCGGAGGACUCCCAGGCUGGAUGCUCUCUCAAUCUUUCAAGAAGAAUCUGAAGGUUGCUUUACUGGGAGGGGGGCGUCCAUGGAGCAUGUCAUCAUCACUAGAGCCAGAUGGCAAAGCAAGGGAUGUUGCAUUCCUGGAUGCUUAUGCGCUGGAGAGGUGGGAGUGUGUGCUGCACUAUAUGGUGGGAUCAGCACAGACCGAAGGCAUCAGUGCUGAUGCUGUUAGAAUCUUAUUGCAUGCUGGACUUAUGACUAGGGAUGCAGAAGAUGGUUCUGCAGUCAUUACUAGGGCUGGCUUCCAAUUCCUUCUUCUGAGUACAGCUAAACAGGUAUGGCUGUUCCUUCAGCACUACCUGCACACGGCCGAGAAGAGGAGCUUGAGUGCGGCCGAGUGCCUGGCCUUUCUGUACCAGCUCAGCUUCAGCACCUUGGGGAAGGACUACAGCACUGAAGGCAUGAGCAACAACAUGUUGGUGUUUUUGCAGCACUUGAGGGAGUUUGGGCUCGUGUACCAGAGAAAGCGUAAGGCGGGCCGCUUCUACCCGACGCGGCUGGCGCUGAACAUCACGUGCGUGAAGGACGGGCUGGCGCCGCUGGACGCGGCCGCCAACGCGGGCUACAUCAUCGCGGAGACCAACUACCGCGUGUACGCCUACACGCAGAGCAGCCUGCAGGUGGCGCUGCUGGGACUAUUCACCGAGCUCAUAUACAGGUUCCCCAACGUGGUGGUGGGCGUGCUGACGCGCGAGUCAGUGCGCGCGGCGCUACGCGGCGGCAUCUCGGCUCAGCAGAUCAUCCGCUACCUGGACCAGCACUCGCACCCGCAGAUGCUCAAGUCGGACACGGGCGGCGUACGCUCGGCGUCGGUGCUGCCGCCCACGGUGCUGGACCAGAUCCAGCUGUGGGAGAGCGAGCGCAACCGCUUCACCUACACCGAGGGGGUGGUGUACAACCAGUUCCUAUCGCAGGCGGAGUUCGCAGUCCUACGCGACUACGCCAAAGGCGCGGGCGUGCUGACCUGGCACAGCGAGCGCGCACGCACCAUGGUGGUCACGCGCGCGUCCCACGACGACGUCAAGCGCUUCUGGAAGAGAUACUCCAAGGCCUCUUAACCGCGCCGACCAUCAGCGUGGGGAACAGACCGCGAAGGCUUCAAGUCUCAUUUUACCGGCGAACAUUACCGAACAUUACAUAUAUUUGUAAUUAUUAUUAGGUCAAAAAGAUGGUAUACUCUUUGGGUAAGAUAAUACGAUGGUGUUUGUAUUGUCUUUGUUAUUCAUCGAUGGGAUUACCCAAAGAGUAUACAAGCACUACGGCAGACCAUGUUCGUAGUAUCGCUUUGGGUAGGUACGGAAAAUUAGUGUUGCAGUAUUUGGUACAUUGGCACCUUGGCAGUUACCUAAUGCCAUGGCGUUGCAACACAGAGCUGAGGAGGUAGCCCAUUGUCCACAAUGACACAUCAUAAUUGUUUAUUUAAGUGAACGGUUUAAUAAGACCAUCCAACAAGUUUCAAAUUGGUAGUGUAUACAAAACGUGUAAAUUGACAGCGCCCACCGCUUCACGACUGCCAGAAACUGAACUGGCCAGUUCUCAACCAAUAUUGGUUACCACAAAUAGAAACACUGGAACUUGUUUAACCUCGCCGAUGCAGUGACACAGUGGCGUGCACUUCAUAAAGCAAAAAAGCACUGCCCAUCCUUAAUACCUAUUACCUAUAUAUACCUAUUUUUUAUAAUACCUAUCAGAGAAGUAUCAUAAAGAUAAAGUAAAGGUCAGAUGUAACUGAUUAGGAUGAAAGAAUAUUAAUUUUCAGUCUAUGUCGUAUAUUAUAUUUUAUUUAUAUGUGACAAAUGGAAAAAAAAUUAUGUUGGUAUAGGUUAAGUUAAUAAACAAGACUGUAAAUAGUGUAAAUAUUUAAUUUUGUUUUUUUUUAAUAUCUAUAAUAUCCUGGAACUAUGGCGCUAGUUGUGCACUACAGGGUAAUGCUGCUGAUAUUAGCACUAUUUUCAAGUUGCAAAAGAAGAAGGAUGUUGGUGGGAUCUACAAAAUGGGUCCGAGAGAGUCUUUGACAGAUAAAUUUUAAAAUUUUUAAAAUAAUGACAGUGUAGUCAAUACAUAUUUGAAAAUUUAAUGAAUGUUUAUAAAAUUCUAUAUUUAAAACUGUGUGACUGCAAUAAUUUGAAAAUUAGAAGUAAGAACCAACUUGCACUGCAAUACACUAGGUUACAUAAAAUUCAUAAUUCGUUUAAAGGAAAUAGCAAAAAUUUUUACA